UGGAUGCCGGUGUUACGGCUAUGCUGUACUAGCAAGAUGGCUGCGCGCUUGUUGCUGAGACGUCUGUGUGCUAGUGGCCGGCGGUAUCUUAGUUCUGGCGGCACAGACUCUCCGUGCAGUCGGUUGUAUGAGCAUGUGAGACAGGGCUACAGCGAGAGACCGCGGCUGGACAUCCAGAGCAUGAGGCAGGAAGCGGAAAACUUGAAAAUACACGAUGGAGACAUGAGGAGAGGUGGACGAGGGCUUCUAGCUGUGAUCAACACCUGGGAACAAUUGGAAAAAGUGAGACUAGAUAUCCAGAGACUGGAGACUGAGAAAACUGAUAUUGCCAAUGAAGUGAAGCAACUUGUGACUUCACACGACAAGCAAAGUCUUCAAACGCUCCCCAGGUACACGUCUAUCAGGCAGAGGGGGAAAGAGAUCCGGCUGCAGCUGACAUCUUUAUAUCAGGAGGAGUCCAGGCUUGAUGAAUCCUUUUAUUGCCAAGCUCUAAAACUGCCCAACAGAACCCAUCCUGACACGCCGGUUGGGGACGAGUCUAACGCUCGGGUUUUGGAGGUAGUGGGAGAGAAGCCAGAAUUUGACUUUGCACUCCGGGGCCACCUGGAAAUUGGGGAAGCGUUGGAUAUAAUCCGACAGAGACGCCUCUCUCAUGUUUCGGGUCACCGUUCCUAUUACCUCCGUGGAGCCGGCACGUUGCUGCAAUACGCUCUUGUGAACUUUACCCUCAGCAAGCUUGUAAAAAAGGGAUUCAUUCCUAUGUCUGUACCUGAUGUGCUAAAAGGAGCUGUGUUUGAAGGCUGCGGCAUGCAGGCGGAUGCCCACUCCUCACAAGUUUACAGCCUGGACCCCUCUCACCACCCUGACCAGCACUUGGCAGGGACUUCAGAGGUCGGCAUAGCAGGGUAUUUUAUGGAUCACGCAGUAAUGGCGGCAGAUCUUCCAGUCAGGACAGUUUGUUGCAGCACUUGUUACAGAGCAGAGACUGACACGGGGCGUGAAACCUGGGGUCUCUACAGAGUGCAUCACUUUACCAAGGUGGAAAUGUUUGGGGUCACUGCUGAUGAUAGCGGCUCUGAGAGUCAGGAGAUGCUGGACGAGUUCCUUGGGCUGCAGAAGGAGUUCUUCUCUGAGCUCGGCCUGCACUUCAAGGUUCUUGACAUGCCUACCAUGGAACUUGGUCUCCCAGCCUAUAGGAAAUACGACAUUGAAGCUUGGAUGCCAGGACGGGGGACAUACGGAGAGAUCUCCAGCGCAUCAAAUUGCACUGAUUACCAAAGUCGGCGCCUGAACAUUAUGUACCAGAGACCUAAUGGGGGGCUGCGUCACACUCACACAGUUAAUGGUACCGCCUGCGCAGUCCCGCGCUUGAUCAUCGCCAUCUUGGAGACGUAUCAACAAAAGGAUGGCAGCGUACGAGUGCCUAAGGUUCUACAACCUUUCCUUGGCAUGGACACCAUCAAGCGGCCGCACUACACCCCACUGAGAUACAUCGGGCCGAACCAGCGAAAGCAGGAGAACCCAUUAACAUGAGCAGCUGACGAUACUCAGGAACAUUUAGUUAUAUUAUAUUGCAAGACCCUGUUUCCAGCCGAAGAACUGCACUACCUCAAGCCGGCGUCCUGGACACUCGCUAUGCUGAGGACCUUAGUUGUAUGCUCCUGUUCUUUGUCACAUGACGGCAGCGGCAGUAAUAACUAUUUGGCACUCGUUCCCUCUUUGUCUUAAUAUAAAUUGGACCCCUGGGCAUUUUUCCCAUCCGGUGCAGAUGGCAGGUAGGAGCUUUCUAUACUGACAAAGGAACCACCUGCUAGGGAUGAGUGUGUGACAAUAGCUGGGCUGUGACUAUUGUCUUUGUUAACCCUGCACCUGCCAUAACCCGUGACAUGCAGACUUUAGAUAUGAUUACUAUCCGAGUCCUCCCACGCUAAGCUGAGUCUCGUAUACAUACUUAUGUGACGCAAAGCUGGCUCCAUGUGAAUAAAUAAUUGUUUGUUUAAA